AUGAGUCUUUCACUUCUUGCUCUUGGUCUUCUUGGCCCUGCUGCUCUUGUCGCAGCUUCCCCCGCCAAGUUGGACCCAGUCCAGACCAUCACCAUCACCAGCACUUCGACCUCGACCAUCACCAGCUGUCCCGUUGCGACUGUUUCUCUUUGCGCCGCAUCUUGUGUCGCCACUCCUUACACUCUAGGUGUCAAUGUCGCUUUCGCUACGGGUGGUAAUGCCGUCAGCACCGCUACUGUCGUUCCCAUGGCCAGUCAGAGCUCAGGCUCGGGCAAUGGGUCCGGAAAUGGUGCAAACAAUAGCGGAAGCAACCAAGGCUCCGGAAAUGGAUCUGGAAAUGGGUCUGGCAAUGGUUCGGGCUCUGGCAACAAUGGAAACAGCGGUGGUUCAGGCAAUGUAAAUGGUCAGACCGUCGUCACCACUGUCGUGAACGGCAAGACCACGACCCUUACAGUCUUCCAAGGCGCCACCACUACCCUCUCGAAGGGGUCAGUCUACACCACCGAUGUCGUUUACCCUUCUUCCGUCACCUGCUCGGCAGGCGAGACUGUGGUAGUUGGUGGUAAGACCGUUGUUGUUGAUGCUUCAACUGUCAUCUACGACUGCCCAUGCACAAAGGCAGCCACUUUGACCGUCGGUGGAAGCUACACCACCAACCUUGUCUAUCCCAACUCUGUCUCUUGUGCGGGUGGAGAGACUAUCAUCAUUUCUGGUACCACCACUAUUGUCGCAGGACCCACUGUCAUCACCGACUGCCCUUGCACCAAGCCUACUACAAUCACCGUCGCAGGCCCGACUUCAACCCUUCCCGGUACGACCAUCACAACCGGAACUGCUGCUGCAUCCUCAGCAUCCAUCAUCUCUGGCUCAGCUGCCUCAACCAGUGGAGCUUCUGCAUCUAGCGCUGCUGCCUCAAACUCAGCUUCCACAGGUGUCGUCUCAGGCUCUUCAUCCAGCGUUAUUGUCUCCGGAUCUUCAACUGCCAUCAUCAGCGGUACUGCAACUUCCGGAACCAACCCCUCAGGCACAUCUACCGCGGGCGCUGCUUUCCAAACCAACGUUGAUGGUAUCAACUUCUUGGUCCAGCGUGGCAUCAACUACAACGGUACACCUUUGACCAUCAACGCCAAGAGACAGGCUGCCAACACCUUGAACACUUGUUUGAACACCUGUGCCGGCUCAUCUGCUUGUGUCGCAACUUCAUUCAACAACGGUACUUCAUCUUGCUUGUACUUCAGCGCGAUUGAUCAAAGCAGCAAACGUGCUGACAGUGCCAUCACUUUCGCCAUUGCCACUUCUCGUAUCGCUGUCCAGUCUUCCUCUGCCGUUCCUUCGGGAAGCAGUGCCUCGUCUGGUUCGGCUACCAUCGCCUCUUCUACUUCGGGAGCUGGCAGCACCUCUUCUGGUGUAUCCCAGUCAGGGUCAGUCGCUCCUACCAGCGCUAGUGCAUCUCAGUCAGGCUCUGCAGCUCCUACCAGUGCCAGUGCAUCUCAAUCCGGUUCAGCUGCUCCUACCAGCGUCAGUGCAUCUCAGUCAGGCUCUGCUGCUCCUACUAGUGCCUCAACCCAGUCUGGCUCUUCCGCAUCUGAAAGUGCCUCAUCUCAGUCUCAGUCUGGCUCUGCUACUUCAAGUGGCGCUUCGACCCAAUCUGUUUCGGGCUCAUUCACUCAAUCUGCCUCAGGCUCAUCCACUCAGUCAGCUUCAGGCUCUGCUACCCAGUCAGCCUCGGGCUCUGUCACUCAAUCUGCUUCCGAAUCUGCUACUCAGUCAGCUUCAGUUUCAGGCUCUGCCACCCAAUCAGCCUCGGGUUCUUCCACCCAGUCAGCCUCUGCUUCGACUGGCGCUUCUCAAUCCGCUAGCUCCGAUGCCUCAUCCAGCACUGUCAGCUCCUCUGGAUCCAUGACAUCAUCUACAAGCGCCAGUGUAUCAUCCUCCGGCACCGUCUCUGCAUCGUCGGGUGCCAGCAUCACUGAGGCUGCUCCGACCACCGCACCUACCUUGGCAGUUUCCAACGAGCCUCUUCCGUCUUGCGACUCUGCUUCCAACGGAACCUCCACCACUCAAUGUGCUGAUGAGUCAGGCACUGUCUACGCUGUCACCGGUGGUACAGCAUAUGUUGGUCAGACCAUUGACACCUCUUCGAUCACUCUCGACGACGAUGGCAACGAGGUCAGCUCUGGUAACGGCACCGUAACCAAGCGUGCUUUGACUAGACGCGCUUUCGCACCUUCUCUUAGAGCUUGUCUUCGUUUCUGUGAUCGCUUCCCUGGAUGCAAGGGUGCCAACUACUUCACUGGUGGCCAAUGCUCCCUCUUCAGCAGAAUCACAGGAACAACCCCCAAUCCCCGCGCAUUCGCUGCCAUCUUCGUUGCAACUGCCCAGCAGGCCGCCCAGUCUAGCGCUCAAUACCAGGCCACUGCUACAUUGACUUCAUCUGCUGCUUCUUCCUCGACUGCAUCUGCAUCGGCAUCAGCCAGCACGAGCUCCGCCGCUGGAUCAUCGUCAAGCGUCGCAAUGUCUUCCUCAAGCAGCACCAUGUCAUCGACCUCUGACGUGUUGAGCUCGGCCUCGUCAUCCAGCAUGUCUAGCAGCACCAUGGUCAGCAGUUCCACCAGCUCAAUGCCGUUCAGCGCUGGUAACACUACUAUCGCCGGCCCUACUGGUACUGCCGUAUCAGGCUCUAUCUCGUCCUCCGCUACUUUGAGCAGCUCUACCAUGUCUGCACCUUUCAGUCCCGGAAACAGCACUUCCAAUGUCGGACCUACUGCCACUGGAAUGACUUCGAGCUCUACCAUUUCUUCUUCCACCUCCGCAAUCUUCCCCGUCGGAAACACUACGAUGACUGUCGGUCCCACUGCUGUCUCCACCAGCUCCGUCAUGUCUUCUUCAACCUCUGCAAUGUUCCCCGCCGGUAACACCACCAUGACUGCCGGCCCUACAGGUUCUUCCACCACAGCCUCGAUUGAGACAAGCAGCAGCAGCAGCAUUCCCUUCACCAUGGGUAACACUACCACCUCCGCCUUGCCUAUGGGUACAGGCUCUUCUUCUUCCAUGACUUCUUCAUCCAUGUCUAGCUCCAGUAUUCCCUUCACCAUGGGUAACAGCACCACCAUGUCGGCUGGACCUACCGGUACUGGAUCUCCCAUCAUCCCUUCAUCCUCUUCUUCCAUGACCUCUUCUUCGGUUUCCAGCUCUAGCAGUAUCCCCUUCACAAUGGGCAACAGCACUACCUCUACCAUGCCCAUGGGCACUGGUACUGGCCUCGCUUCCUUCCCUACCAUGUCGAGCUCCAGCAUCUUCUCUAGCUCUAGCUCUAGCUCCUUCUCCAUGAACAGCACCACCACCGCUCCCCCGGUCGGCACUGGCGGCAUGGUUUUCCCCACCAUUUCCAGCUCCAGCAGCGCUCCUUUCCCCAUGACCAACACUACCGGCAGCGCACAACCUACCAUUCAGCCUUCUGCUGGUCCCACUGCUCCUCUGAAGAGAUCUAACCUAAGAUACUUCUUUGGUCAGAACUAG